UCAUACUUAUUUCCUAGUCUUCACCCAAUUGGAGCCACAAUUUUCUCUCUCUCUCUCUGUUUCUCUGACUAAAGUUUCCAUCACUUUCAACCCUGAAUUUGUGCCUCUUCUUCCUCUUCCUCCAUGUUCUUCAGAAAACCAUCACCGACUUCUUCUCUAAAUUACUAUCUUCCAUCAUCAUCAGACCUCUUCCCAAAAACCAAAGACAAAGAUCCAAACAUCGCCUUAACCAAGCUCAACAAAAUCAAGUACUUACUCCUCUCAUGUCUCUUCAUUGCCACGUGGCUCAUUCUUCUUCGCUUAUGGCUCUCACUAACCACAACCACCACCCUCACCACCACCACCACAACCACCCUCAACAACCACAACAAAACAUGCGUCGGUUCAUACCCGUUCUACAUCUACAACCUCCCUCCACAAUUCAACCUCGGACUCCUCGAGCACUGUAACAACCUCAACAUCUACACCAACAUGUGCCCUCACGUGGCAAAUAACGGCCUCGGCCAACCUAUUGUAACAACCGUAACUGCAUUAUCAUCACCAUCAUCAUCGUGGUUUGCUACGCACCAAUUCAUAGCGGAGAUGAUAAUCCACGCGCGGCUGGAGAACCACCCGUGCCGCACGUGGGAUCCAAGCGAGGCGCGUCUCUUCUACGUCCCCUUCUAUGGUGGUCUCUACGCCUCCAGCGUCUUCCGUGAGGCUAAUCUCACGCAGCGUGAUUCCCUGGCCGUUGAUCUUGUUGACUAUCUCCAGAGUCAACCCUGGUUUAAUAUAAACGAAGGUAAGGAUCAUUUUCUUGCCCUGGGGCGAACCGCAUGGGAUUUCAUGAGAACACCCAGUGGGCCUGACUUUGGAGCCAACAUUCUUCUAAACAUGCCACCUGUCAAAAACAUGUCGGUGCUAACAGUGGAGCGACAACCCUGGCAAGGAAAAAAUCAAUUUGGUAUUCCUUACCCUUCUUAUUUUCAUCCCAGGAGCCUAGCAGAAUUGAUGACGUGGCAAAAACAAAUUUGUGACUCCACCAGACCUUAUUUAUUUUCGUUUGUCGGCGGGACACGUCACGGUUUAGAAAAAGCUAAAAUACGCGACGAGAUAUUGAAGCAGUGUAAGAAUUCUAUGAAGUGUGAGCUGGUACAGUGUGGAAAUGGUGCCAGCAAGUGCCAUGAUCCAAUGGCUGUGCUCGAAGUUAUGAGUAAGUCUAGGUUUUGCCUUCAGGCUCCGGGUGACUCGUUCACUCGGAGGUCAACGUUUGACUCAAUUUUGGCCGGUUGUAUACCUGUGUUUUUCUCGUCUCAUACAGCGUAUACGCAGUACGCAUGGUACUUGCCGGACGAGAAAAAUACGUAUUCGGUAUUUAUUGACGAAAAUGAUUGUGGUGAGGGGAAGAAGAGUAUUGAGGAGGUUUUGAUGAGAAUUUCAAAAGAAGAUGAAGAAAAGAUGCGUGUGGCUGUGAUAAAUUUGAUCCAUAAGGUCACGUAUAUGCAUCCUAAUGCAAGUGUUGUUGAAGAUGUUAGUUUUGGUGAUGUUGUUGAUAUUGCGUUGGAGAGACUGUCUAGGAUUGUUGAGGAAAAAAUAAGUGGUAAGGAUUUUGGAAGUGAGGAAGUUUAAUUUGAUUAGCGUUAUUAUUUUUAUUUAUUGUUUUUUUCAAUUGGAUUUGUCGUAGAUGUUAUGUGUAGGUAAGAAACUAAAUGUGAGGGGCAAUGUUUGUCUAUUUUUGGAAUUUGAUAUGAUCUGAUGCUCCGAAUUGUUUCAUUGAUAUUUGGAAAAAUAAUGGGAAGUAUCAAUCAAAAGAUCACUACCUUUUAAGAUUCAUUGCUACUUU